UGCAGUAUUCAGUGGGCCUGGGAAAGUCGCCACCAGCCUGGUGCCACCGACAGCAUUCAGCAGCUGCAGCCGAGAUGACUUGAUGAGGACCCUGCUUUACGGAAGUGGAUUUUGUCUCUUCAACAUGCCCAAUAUGGAGCAGCUGGUGGGAGGUUAAAAAUAACACGGAAUUUGUCUACGGGAAUCUUGAACACAACACGCCAGUUUUGCUGUCUCUGUCCAGAUAUUUAGAAUUGGAGCAAAGGUUUCACUCAAUCAUCCUUCCUAGUCAGACAGUGGGAAUGGAUUCAUCUGUCAUCUCAGCUGAAGGUACUUCAGCAAGUUCACACUGGGGCAAGGCCAUUCACCUGUUCUAUGGGUGAGAAGGGAAUCAGUUGGUCUUCCCACCUGUGGACACACCAGUCAGUUCACAUUGGGCAGAGGCUGGUCAUCUGCUGAAUUUGUGGGGAAGGAUUCAGUCGGUCAUCUGACCUGAUGGCUCACCAUCGAGUUAAUACCAUGGAGCGGCUGUUCACCUGCUCAGAAUGUGGGAAGGGAUUCACUCAGUCAUCCGAUCUACUGGCACACCAGUCAGUUCACACUGGGGAGUGGCCGUUCACCUGCUCAGACUGUGGAAAGGGAUUCACUCGGUCAUCUGAUCUACUGAGACACCAGCGAAUUCACACUGGGGAGAGGCCAUUCACCUGCUGUGAAUGUGGGAAGAGAUUCGCUCGGUCAUUCCAUCUACAGAUACACCAGCGAUUUCACACUGGGGAGAGAUCGUUCACCUGCUCAGUCUGUGGGAAGGGAUUCACUCAGUCAUCUGAUCUGCUGAGACACCAGCGAAUUCACACUGGGGAGAGGCCAUUCACCUGCUGUUAAUGUGGGAAGGGAUUUGCUCGGUCAUCUCAUCUCCAGAUACACCAGCGAUUUCACAGUGGGGAGAGACCGUUCAGCUGCUCAGUCUGUGGGAAGGGAUUCACUCAAUCAUCUGACCUUCAGAGACACCAACGAUUUCACACU